CGCGCGUCAUAUCCGCCCGCUCGGCUCCGCAGCUCCAAUAUGGCGGCGCCCUGUGGCUCCUCGCAGCUCCCGGCCGCCGAGUCGCCGCUGAAGAUCCCCAAGAUGGAGGUCCUGUCGCCGGGCUCGCCGGGGGCGCUCAGCGACGGCAACCCGAGCCUCUCCGACCCCUCCACGCCCAGCGGCGCCUCCCCGCUGGGGCCGGGCGGGCCGGGCUCUGCCGCCGCCGCGGCCGGCGCGGGGGGCGGCGGCGCGGGGGGCCGCGGCGGCGCGUCGCCCUCCGUCUCCUUCUCCCCCGGAGGCGCCGCGGCGGCCGCGGCCGCAGCCGCCUGCCGGGGCAUGUCGUGGACGCCGGCCGAGACCAACGCGCUGAUCGCGGUGUGGGGCAACGAGCGGCUGGUGGAGGCGCGGUACCAGCAGCUGGAGGGCGCCGGCACCGUCUUCGGCAGCAAGGCCCCCGGGCCCGCCAUGUACGAGCGCGUCUCCCGGGCCCUGGCCGAGCUGGGCUACGAGCGGACCCCGUCCCAGUGCCGCGAGCGCAUCAAGCAGCUUCCCAAGAGACAGAGUGAGUUAGUAAGGAAUGCAAAAUAUACCCUUCGCAGGUGUUACAGUCGAGUGAAAGAACAUGGUGUUGGGAAAAGGAAAAGCAGUUACACAUUUGAACAAUUGGAACAGGUGUUUGGUCAGGGAGGAUGGGACUCGCAGCCCUGCCAGCCUGUACUCAUUAAUAGUAGCGGCUUGUACCAGGAGCUGGAAUCGGAUGGCAGCACUAUGGAGGAAUAUUCACAGGAGGAUUGGGGCAACCACAGUCAGGAUCUUCACUGCUACCAGGGAGGAGACCCAGAGCUGGAUGAAAUGCCUGCCACAAAGAGAACAUUAAAGAUAAAGCAGGAAUCUUCAGAAGAAGCACAGAAGCAAGACGUCAUGCAGAACAUUGUGCAAAUCUUGGAAUCCGUCCAGUUAAAAUGGGAGCUGUUUCAGAGCUGGACAGAUUUCUCCAGGCUACAUCUUUCUAACAAACUAGCCAUUUUUGGCAUUGGUUAUAACACACGCUGGAAGGAGGAUAUUCGCUACCACUACGCUGAGAUCAGUUCCCAGGUGCCUCUUGGCAAACGGCUUAGGGAAUAUUUCAAUUCAGAGAAGCCAGAGGGCAGGAUCAUCAUGACACGAGUACAGAAAAUGAACUGGAAAAACGUUUACUAUAAAUUCCUAGAGAUUACUAUUAGCGAAGCGAGAUGCCUGGAGCUGCAUAUGGAAGUUGACUGGAUACCUAUAGCUCACUCUAAGCCAACGGGAGGAAAUGUUGUUCAGUAUUUAUUACCAGGGGGGAUUCCCAAAAGCCCUGGCCUGUAUGCCAUUGGUUAUGAAGAUUGCCAGGAGAAACCCCACUCGCCUCAUGCGGACCGCCGAGGCCCAGAUCCUGGGAAAGAGACUCAGGGGGAGGUAGAUGUCCCUUCACCGCAGGCCUCUCUCAGGGUGGAGAUGGAGUCUGCCAGAAUAAUCUAUUGUUACCUUGGCAUUGCUGAGGUUAGAACUCUCCAGCAGUGCUUGUUUUUACAUUUUCAGGCCAACACCAAAACCUUCAGCAAAGAGUGGGUUGGAAUCAAUGGGUUUUUAUCUCAGAACUGCAUCGUAGAACCAGGGGUGUCGCCUAAAUCCAUCUACAUCAAAUUUGUGGAAGUGGAGAGGGAUUUUCUUUCUGCUGGCUCUUUGGUAGAGUGUCUGGAAAAAGCCAUUGGAUACCCAUUGAAGUUUAACAACUGAAUCUCAUCCUUCAUAAGGAUUAGGGCUCCUGCCUCCUUUCCAUGUUGCUAGCAGACGCUUGCGGAUCCUGUCUGUUCACAGUGGGGCAAGUAAGACUUUCAGAGUGAAAAUGAACUUCAGAGUGAAAGAUGCUUGCAAAUUAUUCGAAACAACUUGUCCUGAGCAAGUAAAAUAGACAGCUAACUUGCUUGGCAGGUCAACUGGUUUUAUAAAGAGAAGGAGAGCCUUGUAAAAAUGACUGUCGGUACAUUCCACAUUGGACAGAGCUUAUACUUUGCAUUUCAUAUGAAAAGCUGUUUUUUUCCACAAUGUUUCAUUUUUACACAUCUGUCUCUAUAUAAAGUGUUAUUACUGAUCUGAAUAAAUAAGCAAUAGAUAAUGGCAA